ACAAGUUCAUUGAACUAAGCCUGAACUCCACCAAACUGUGGGAGUGUGAUUGGAGCCCUGGUUAUAAAAGCAAGUCGAGUGCUUUCGGGUUCGAAAGAAUUCGCGUUCGACAGAAAAACAAAAAUUGGCGUGAAAAACUCGCUUUAAAACCACGAAAACCUCGUUAUUAAGUGCUUUAAAACAAUAACUACAACUGAAAUUCAAGUGAACUAUUUUAAUGCUUUCCGAAUGGCGGAAAAACAUUGUAAAAGUUGUUAACUUUUUACAACAGCAGUAGAAAACGUUGCAGUUGUCGUCGCAGCGCUGCUUUGUUGUUGCGUAGGUGCUAUUGCUGUCUCAUUCUGGCAGAUGAUGACUCCAAUCGGCUGCGUUAUGGUGUAAGCGAAACAACAACAAACAAGUUACAAGGUGCGCGCCUGUGUGUGCGUAUGUGUGUGUUGUAAAUACUCGUGCAUGUUGUUGUUGCUUCUGCUGCUGCUGGUGGAUGUUCAGCGCCUUUUUUCGUGUGUUGAUUACUUUACUUGCGUGCGUGUAACUUGUGGGCGGCUGUCGCAUUGCUGCUGACCAACGACCAACGAAAAUAUCUAGACAAAUUGUUAGAAGAAAACUACACAAUAAAUAAAUGUAACAACGCGAAUAAUAAGUUAUAUCAAACAAAGUUAAAUUAUUGCCGCGCUUAUAGCUGAAAACGGCCAGAAUUGCUUCCCGCGCCCGUAAUCGAAAUACCAUCACAAUUUCUUCCCUCGAUGCACAUCUGGAGUUAAGCUCCAGCACCGACAGCACCAUUCACUCCUCCACGGGCUUGUCAAAAAAAUUGGUCAAAAUUAAAAAAUACAAGCUGGACGACAUGAAGGAAAUGGUGGGCGGCUGUUGUGUAUGUUCUGAUGAGCGGGGGUGGCCGGAGAACCCGCUCGUCUAUUGUGACGGCCAAAACUGCACUGUUGCCGUGCAUCAGGCAUGCUAUGGCAUUGUUACUGUCCCCACCGGACCCUGGUAUUGUCGGAAAUGUGAGAGUCAGGAGCGUACCUCGCGAGUGCGUUGCGAAUUGUGUCCGUCGCGGGACGGUGCACUAAAGAAGACCGGGAAUAGUGGAUGGGCUCAUGUCGUAUGCGCUCUAUAUAUACCAGAAGUACGUUUUGGCAAUGUGACGACCAUGGAACCGAUCAUAUUGCAGCUAAUACCACCAGAACGCUAUUCGAAGACUUGCUACAUUUGUUUGGAAAUUGGGAAGCCGAAUCGCGCCAAUGUUGGUGCAUGCAUGCAGUGCAAUAAAUCGAAUUGUAAGCAACAAUUUCAUGUAACCUGUGCCCAGAGUCUAGGUCUGCUCUGCGAGGAGGCUGGAAACUAUUUGGAUAAUGUGAAAUAUUGCGGAUAUUGCCAGCAUCAUUAUAGCAAAUUGAAAAAGGGCGGCAACGUCAAAACCAUACCGCCAUACAAACCCAUACAACAUGACACCUCUUCUGAUUCGUGUUCAUCACCCGAAAAGGAAGUUGAUUCGACCAUGAAUUCAGCAGCCACAUCGGCGACAAGUAUUAAAAUAACCACAACACCACUCGGCGCAAGCUCAACCACACUGUCGUCCAGUGGCGGCGUCUCAUCCUCGUCCAAGCAACGAAAAUCCAAUUCCUCCAAUAAAUCCUCAAGCAGCAGCAGCAGCUCAUCAUUUGCAUCCACAUCGGUGGGUGUCUCCAAUCCCACGAGUUCUGUGAAUGUUGGCGGAACAGCAAGCAGCACAAACACCGGUGGCAGCAAUUUAUUGGCCCUUGGUGGCAACAACAGCAGCAGCAGCAAUAGUAGCAAUGGUGGCAACAACAACACCGUGAACAGCAGCUUACCAGGCGGAAAUAGUGUAAGUGGAACGCAUGCCAGCAGCUCCAUAGGCGGCAGUACAAGUGCUGGCCACUUACCCAGCGGAGGCUCCACUAACAACAACAACAGCAACAAUUCAAUUGUUGCAAACUCAAGCAGCACAAAAUCCUCCGGCAGCAGUGGCAGCUACAAGGAUGGCAGUAGCGGCUAUAAGGAGAGCAGCAGCGGCUACAAGGAGAGCAGCAGCGGCUACAAGGAGAGCAGUGGCAAUAGCAGCAGCUACAAAGAUAAGGAUAAGCAUAGCAAAAGCGUAAGCAAACAAUCCAGUUCAAGCAAGGAUAAGGAUAAGGAUGGUGGCAGCAACUCAACGAGCAACAUAUUCUCCAAUUCAUCGGCUUCAUCCACUUCCUCGUCCUCUUCAUCUUCGCGUGACAAAUCAUCUAAAUCAUCGAAAAACAAAGAUCUAGCUCAAUUGAAUGCCACAGCCAGUGGUGGCAACAACACAAAUAGCAGCGCACUGGCCAGCAACACCACCAGCUCAAACAACAACAACACCAGCGGUGGCAGCAAUCCAAGCAGCCAUGUGUCGAGCACGGGCGGUUCACUACUCACUUCAGCCGCUGCUAACGAGCACAGUUUGCCACACGCACAGAAUUUGAGCACCAACCAAGAAGCUGGAUCAAGUGUUUCAAGUGGUGGCGGUGGCAAUUCAAUUGUUGCGAGUAGCAAACUCCAAAUGGUUGCCAAUUUAAGCUCCAAUCUCAGCACAGGAGUUGGUGGCAGCUUCAGCGCCGAUCUACACACAAGCGUCAGUGGCAGCACAUUAAAUGAGCCAAUUGGCUUUGGUGGCAAUAGCACUGGCAUUGCUGGCAGCACAGGUGGCAGCAAUAUGUCCAGCGGCUUGGAUACUUUGUCGGGUGCUGGUUCGUCCACAAACCAAAAUAUUGCCAUCACCACUGGCAUUACUGGCAGCGCCAAUUCCAGUGUGGCCAGUAAGAGCUCUGGUUCAAGUAGUGCCACCACGGGUGGCAUAACAACUGGUAGCUCCGCUUCAAAGAAACGCAAAGCGGAAUCCAAAUCUGGCAAUAUAACCACAGCGGCCUUAGACGAUGUCAACAGCUCAUUCCGGGAUGUGAUUAAGGAUGUGCAUGUCACGCUAACGCCUUUAACAGACUUUGAAAAGGAAAUUGAAAAAAGCUCCAAAAGGCAACGAACGGAGCUCAGUCCACCCACGCAUCAGACAUCCGCCACCGCUGAGGUGAAUGCAACGUUGGUGAGCGUAACGACAGCGUCAAUAGCUAGUGCAACGGCAACAGCUGCCACCACAGCGGCGGCAGCAACCACCACAACUACCUCAAGCAGUGGUGCUGCCACAGCAGCGGCUUCGACAACAUCGGCCUAUCAGAAGUCGUCGCAUGCGGACACGGGCAAGAAUGGCAGCAGUAGUAGCAGCGGAAAACACAGCAAGGAUCAGAUUGGUGCACAGCAGCAGCAACAACCACCUGGAGGUGGCUCCAGCAGCAGUGGUGGCAAUGCGCCCAGUCUGUAUGUCUCCGUACCGCUCUCCACAGCCAAUGUACCUGGUAUCAAUUUGCCUGGCAGCCAAAGUGGCGGCAGUGAUGCACAUUUAGCCACAGGACGUGCACAGCAGAGUGUCAGUAGUGGCUCGCAUCAUGAACGCCAAUCACCACGCAUGCCUCCAUUGGAUGCGGCCGGUGUCUUUGGUGGUUCAGUGGUGGCGAGUGGUGUCGCUGCUGCCUCUGUUAUACAGCAUCAGAGUGGCAAAUCAUCGCCUGCGCUGGGGGGCAGUCUAGUCAGCAGUAAUAUCGGUGGUGGUGGUAGUGGCAGUGGUGCAAGCAGUGGUAGUCUAACCGCCACCACCACAGAGACUGGAAAUCUGAAGAUAAGCUACGAGAAGCAAACAACGCGUGUACAGCAGUUGCAGGAACAGGAAGCGGCGCCGACACGUCGCAGCAGAUCACACCACCACCAAACACACCAACAACAACAGCUACAGCAGCAGCAACAACAACAACAACCACAGCAGCAAAUACAACAGAACUUACAACAACAGCAACCACUAGAACAACCGGUGCACUCGUCGUCCAGCUCCUUUACGCCCACGCCUACCAGCACUGCAACCACCAACAGCACAAACAAACCCCAAUCGCGCUCGGGCAAGAAACGCGGCGCCGCCCUAGGCAAGGCACAUGCCACACAUGAGUCGACAACAGCUCAAGUAGCAACCGCAACCACCGCUGAAAAGCUGAGCCGCCACAAUUCACCACACUAUCGUGCAACACCCACGCCGCCGCCAGCGUUGCCCACACCACCUGUAGCCUCACCAGUGGUUAUGUUGCAAACGUUAUCCUCGUCAUCAAUUGAUUCACCGCCCUCUAAUACAAUGCGCACCACUCGCAACAAUAGCAAUGCUGGGCCUUUAGCUGAGUCGGCGCCCAGCUCGGCAUCUUCCUGCUCCUCCAUUUCCUCGUCGUCCUCCAGUUGUUCCAAUUUAUUAGAAAAUACACCUCUCAACAUGACUACUCAACAUGUUGCAGCCGGUGGCUAUCGCAGCAAUAGCAACACCAAAAAUAACAGCAAUAGCGAUUCCCAUGCUUAUGGCAACACUGCCAACAACAUGCUCCCAAACAGCACUGGCAACAAUGUUGCUGCCAGCUCCAAACCUUUGAAUAAGAAAAUGUUGCGUGCGCAACAGGCGCAAAUGUAUCAGCAACAGCAACAACAGCAGCAGCAGCAACAACAACAACAGCAAUACGUAACCGCCUCUGGUGAUUCACCAACAAACCUUACCUCUUCCUCUUCUAGUCUAAUAGCCACCACUAAUCCCACCACGUCCACAAAUAAUGCGCAGCAACAUCUUGAUUUAGAAAUUUUGUCAUACACUAACACACAUGCAAAUUCCAAUGCUUCUUCCAACAACAACAACAACAACGCAUCAUCAACAACCACCACAACGACAACCAACACCACCACCACUAAACCGAAAACAAAUAGAACGCCAGAUGCCUAUGGAACCACCAGUACAAGCAGCACCACCGCCAACUCCCUGAGUCUCAAUCUGAGCAGCAGUUCAGCGGCAAGCAGCAGCACCACUGCCGGUGGCUUGAAGUUCAGCUACGAAGCACAAAGUGGCCAGGAUGUGCCGAUGCUGCCUGUGAGUGCCAUCAAGGAUUCACCACCGAGCUCCCCGGGCUCCGAAAUUGCCGGCCCCCUGCAUACAGCAACCACCGGCAACGUUAGUGCAGCAAAUCCCGCCGCAUUGCAGGUGACUGUGCCACCCAUUACCAAUGUUCGCAAGCGUGGACGCAAAGCCAAGGAUGUUACAUUAGCGGCGCAGGCGGCAGUUGCCGCGGCCGCCGCCGCAGCAGCAGCGCUGGCGGCCAAUCAACAUGAUCUCAAGGAUGUGCGGCUGCUGCAGAACGGUGGCGCAAGUGGCUCAGUUAGCACGCCCACACCACCAACCACUCCAGCAGCCACCAGCAACUCCCCACUGGCCAGCACAAGUGGUGCCAGCAGCAGUAACACCACCACAAACACCAUCGGUGGUAUCAUCGCGCACACAGCCACCCACAUGCUGGGCAAUCACGUCAAUCCCAACAGCAGUGUGGCCCAAAAACUGUCCGAGCAACUACACAUGGAGGUCCAAGAUCAUGCCAUCUAUACACCCGACUCUCUCAACUCCCAAUAUACGGGCGUACCCUUUCCGGGCAAGCAGCGUAAUGCGAGCGCCGGCUUAGGCACAUCGAAUAACACCACCGCACCACCCAACCCCCUGCAGUCCAUGUUCAGUGGUGCAGGCAUGAAUGGCAAUAUGCCCAUGCUGCAGAGUCUGGAACAGCUGCUCGAACGUCAAUGGGAGCAGGGCUCACAGUUUCUCAUGGAGCAGGCCCAGCAUUUCGAUAUCGCUGCCCUCCUGAAUUGUCUGCAUCAGCUGCAGAGCGAGAAUCUACGCCUGGAGGAGCAUGUGACCAGCCUGAUAGCUCGCCGAGAUCAUCUGUUGGCGGUUAAUGCACGCCUGCAAAUACCGCUUAAUUCGCACAAUACGAAAUCCGAGCAUGGUGAGUAGUAGAUUGAGAGAAAUCGGCGUGUUCUGUUCUGUACUCCUUGGUGGCAGUUUCGUAAAACAAAAAAGCACUUACCUACUUGGAAGCUCGACGCGACACAGCCGGCUAGCUAGCGAGCCACAGAUUGCGACCACAAAUUUUUUCUAUUCUUUGUAUAUAUACAUAUAAAUAUCUAUAGAUG